GACUGAUUACCAUUAUCUCUGUCAUUACAACGCACUCCUGCUAGAGGAGGGUGGAACCUGCAACACUGUUUUUAAAAAGUAGUUAGUGCUAGUAGGAUUCAGUUGACUUAACUUAAGAGUUACUUUUGCUUUUUGCUGUCCUUGACUAUUGCAUUCUCUCAGAGAAGAGAAAAUGGUAACAGAAAGUCAAGAUUUUGAAAAGAUGGCCAAUAUGGAGGGAGCAGAAUUAUAUGAUCUUUUUGAAAAUUACAACUACACUGAAUUUAUCCCAGGAGACGAUUAUGCCUCCCCCUGCUUUGAUUCCAGUGGUAAGUUCAACAAGAUCCUACUGGUCACCAUCUACACCCUCGUAUUCAUUUUGAGUACCUUGGGAAAUUUCCUUGUGGUGCUUGUGAUUAGCUCCAUGCAAAGGCAAAAAUCCUCCACUGAUAUCUACCUGUUGAACAUGGCUAUUGCAGACCUCCUGUUUUCUCUCACCCUUCCUUUCUGGGCAGUCUACAGCAACUUAGAGUGGAUAUUCGGUGACUAUAUGUGCAAAAUUGUAUCUGUUAUGCAGGAGGUGAACUUCUACAGUGGGAUCCUAUUGCUGGCUUGCAUCAGCGUCGACCGUUACUUAGCCAUCGUGCACGCUACACACGCUGUCACACAGAAGCGUCACCUGGUGGGUUUUGUGUGCAUCGGAGUGUGGGUGGUGGCAGCUUUACUCUCCCUGCCAAUCUUUAUAUCUCGUAAGGCUUUCAGGGCACAAAAUAUUAUGGUCUGUUAUGAGGACAUAGGAGCAGGGGAUAUAGAAACAUGGCGGAUAAGUAUCCGUGUCGUCCGGCACACGGUAGGUUUCUUCAUCCCUCUGGUCAUCAUGCUCUUCUGCUACGGCUUCACCAUCAACACCCUCUUACACUCCAGGAGUGGGCAGAAGCACAAGGCCAUGUGGGUGAUCUUUGCCGUGGUAUUGGCGUUCAUUGUCUGCUGGUUCCCCUACAACAUGACCGUCUUUGCCGAUACCCUGAUGAGGGCAAAGGUCAUCAAUGAGACGUGUGAGGUGCGGGUUCACUUAGACACUGCUCUCCGAGCCACUCAGAUCUUGGCUUUCCUUCACUGCUGUAUCAAUCCGAUCUUGUACGCCUUCAUCGGGCAGAAGUUCAGGAACACAUUCUUCAGGGUUCUUAUCCAAAAGGGGUUCAUCAAGAAGAAUGUCUUGUCAACUUAUGGAAUGGGCUCCUCUUACAAGUCUUCUUCAAGGAACACCUCCAUCACGUUAUAGGACACUGGAGUGGGGAGCAGGGACUCUCCUCCAUCUGACUGCCUAUGAACUGUAACUCAUUAAUGGAUCUCAUUAAUCCAACUGUUUUUGGGACAUUCUGGUUUUUUACUCAAAUGCAAUGUGCACCUCUUUUUGCGAAAGAAAAAAAAAAGUUAUUGUUGCAUAUAGAAUCAAGCAACCGGUAAGGUUAAUGUAUGGUAUUUCUAAAAUUAUCUCCGGUUUCCAAUAUUUAGUUUCUUCCCUGUUUAACAUUUUAUUAGUGUGUGUAUGUUCUGAUUCCCUAUCUCAUUUCAGAAAACCCUUUUGAAGUUUUUUCAGAAGCAGUUUUUAAAAUGCAAGUGACUUCAAUUUGAAAAUGAUGAUUUUAUGUAUUAUGUUUGUUUUCACAUAUUAGUUCAGCUCUCACUGUAAUAUGUAAUUAAUUUGCACUUGUUUUUGUUAUGUAUUUGUCCUUUUGUAUUUUUAUUUUUUUUUGUGUUGAUUAAUAUCUUACGUUCUUGUGUGCUCAGGACUGGCUCGGUAACCAUUGAUUGGGACUGUGAGUUUUCUUGCUACAGUAACCGCCUAUAUUGAGCACUGUGAGUGGCAGGCUUGCCCUGUCAUCAUUGUAUUUUUUUAUAUUGAUCUUUAUUUUUAGGAUAUUUUAGUGUUUUAUAGGAUUUUAUAUUAAUAGUCAUAAAGAGCUCAAAGUUGUUACUGCCGCUAAGGGUGCUGUUUUGCUAGUUUAAGUAUUAUUAAAGAUACUUGAGUCAGAAUGUGUUAUUAAUGCUCACAUUUAACAAUUGAAUAUCGAUUCUGAAUUAUUGCAUUUGCCUCUUAGUCUCACAAAAAAUGUAUUACUAUUGCGUAUACUUAUCUGUAAGGGGAUAAUCCAGCAUUGCUUAUAUUUUAUUGCUGAAUGUUUAUUUUGACUUCUUAUGCCUGCCAAAUGAUUUGAAGUACUGUGUGUAUGU